AUGUGUGUGACGGUGAGGCGGCUGGCUCGUGCACGCAGCACGGCGGCCCCUGCCCCCCUGCCCCCUGCCCCGCUGCCCCCUGCCCCCCUGCCCCCCUGCCCCUCUGCCCCCUGCCCUCUGCCCCCUGUCCCCCUGCCCCCCUGCCCCCAGCCCCCUGCCCCCUGCCCCCCUGCCCCCCUGCCCCCUGCCCCCCUGCUCUCCUGCCCCCCUGCCCCCCUCUCGCACUCGUCCCGGCCGGCAGCUCUCCAGGGAGCAGUCCGGCGCCUCGUCAUCCAGCGCGGCUCCUUUUUUAACGCGAUCGCCAGUUUUGUAGGAGCAAACAACUUUACAAAUGAAUCGAAACGAUUCGGUCAGAGAGCUCAUUAA